GCAGCGCGACUUGCAGUAAGAGAAAAGUUGGAUGAAGUUGUAAUUACAAAGAAAAGUUUACGCUACUGUAAAAUUGUAAAAUUAAUAUAUAAAACCAAGUUUGUGAAUAAAAGCAAUGGCACAAAGAAAAAGCUAACAAACAAAAGCGAACGUGUAUGCGGCUAAAAUAUUACCACCCAAGUGAAACAACAACAGCAGUGGCAUAAGCAAGAACAAGACGCUGUUGCGGCCACUCCUUUUGUGUUGCCGUUGUCUCGUUCCAGAAAUAUGUGUGCGUGUGUGAGUGAGAGACUGUGUUUGUGUGCGUGUUCGUGUUCGUGUACGCGUUGUAAUUGAGGAAUUGUGAUUGCUAUUGCUGAAUUAAUUAAAAAGUUGUACCAAGUGAGUGCUGAGCAAUAAAAAGUGAAAAUUCUACGCUGCGCACAAAAUGGCAAAAAGAUUUUUUUUCUAAAAGUGUCUGCAAAAAGUUGAGCCACAGUCUUAACUAGGGAGAUAAGCGAGCACACACAAAACCACACACAAAUACAUGCGCAUAGACACGCAUACAGAAUUAUAUAUAAAUGCAUGUUUAUGACUCACUGCCCUGGCCCUGUGUGUGAGUGAGCAAUAUUGUGUGAGGGAGUAGAGGCUGACUGCUACCUACGGCAACAACAACAACAACAACAACAACAACAACAGCAGCAGCAGCAACAGCAACAAUAAAAACAAAUCGCCGAUGCCGCGCUUCAAUAGAAUUAAAAUUUCCCAAGUCGAGCGCAGCUAAUCGCAUUUGAAGAAAAUUCCAACGUUUGCGAUAGUAACACAGCCAAAGCAACAAAGCCAGAACUAUUAAGCUGUGCUGUGAGUGAAGAGUGAAAGGCAAAGAUAGAGCGAGAGUGCUCAUCAGCAACAGAAGCAGCAGCAACAAAAUGAGUUUCACCAAGUGGUUCAAGAAGAAGGAGCAAAUCUCCGAAAUUGGUGCACCUACAAAUUUUCAAAGGCAUUUCCAUGUGUCACGAAAUCAGGAAACAGGCGAUCUGGAGGGUCUGCCCACGCCAUGGGUGCGGCUAAUGAAUACACAAAUUACUCGUGAUGAGCAGGAUAAGAAUCCAGAUGCAGCAUAUCAUGCGGUUAAAUAUUACAAUUACUCGAUAAAGAAGAAAGAGCAGGAAGUAUUUAAGCCCUUCAUUACCGAGGAUGUCAUACACGAGGAGUCCAAAGAGAUUGACAAAUAUGUUGAUUAUAAAAAUAAGCACAAAUCGCAGGAUUUGGAUAAGUCCGAUGAUGAUGAUGGCAGUGGCAGUUCCACGGCUACUGAAAGCAGUAGCGGCUGUGGCAGCUCCACGGCAAACAGCAACAGUAGCAGUCUCAAUGAUAGCAGUCAACAAUCUGUGCUGCCAUUGGAUGCGCUGAACGAAGUCAUCAAGGAGCUGGAAUCGAGCUUGGGACGUGAAACGCUCAAGCCCAUACCAGCGAGUCACACACAGCCGCCCCCGGUGCCGCCCAAGAAAUCGCCAAGCCAAAUGCCGCCCAAGCCACAGAUCAAGCCAAAGCCACGCAGUGUUACAUCCAAGUUGCCUCGCCAAUCCGAAAACCGACCCACUCUGGUCGAUGAACAUGGUCAGCAUAAAAUUAAUACGGAUACAAUAAUAAUUAAGCCAGCGCCAGCGGGAGGUGAAGAUGGCGAUGCGCCCGAGGAAACGAUACUGCGUCGUUCCAAGGAGAAACGUGCUCAGAAGACAGAUGCCGAAAUCUAUGAUGAGCUGCGCGUCAUUUGCAAUCCUGAAGAUCCACGCGAGCGCUACAAGACCACACAGGAGGUGGGCAAAGGUGCUUCGGGCAUUGUCUUUAUCGCAGGUGACAUGCAAUCGGAAUCCCAGGUGGCCAUCAAAACAAUCGAAAUGAAAAAUCAGUCCUCCAAGGAUCUCAUACUCACCGAAAUACGUGUGCUCAAGGAUUUCAAUCAUAAGAAUUUGGUUAAUUUCCUCGAUGCGUAUCUACUCGAACCCGAGGAUCAGCUGUGGGUGGUCAUGGAGUAUAUGGAUGGCGGUCCACUAACCGAUGUAGUUACCGAAACGGUAAUGAAGGAACGUCAGAUCGCCUGUGUUUGCCGUGAAGUGCUCUACGCCAUUAGCUUUCUGCAUGCCAAGGGCAUUAUACAUCGCGACAUUAAAUCAGAUAAUGUGCUGCUUGGCAUGGAUGGCUGUGUGAAGGUGACGGACUUUGGCUUCUGCGCCAACAUCGAAGGCGAUGAGAAACGACAGACAAUGGUUGGCACGCCAUAUUGGAUGGCACCAGAGGUCGUCACGCGUAAGAAGUACGGCAAGAAGGUGGACAUUUGGUCCAUAGGCAUUAUGGCCAUUGAAAUGAUUGAGGGACAGCCGCCUUAUCUGUAUGAGACGCCGCUGCGUGCGCUCUAUUUAAUCGCUGCCAAUGGUCGUCCGGAUAUUAAGAGCUGGGACAAGCUCAGUCCUAAUCUACAGAACUUCCUCGAUCGCUGUCUGCAGGUGGAGGUCGAUAAACGUGCCACUGCCGAUGAGCUGCUGAAGCAUCCAUUCCUAGAUGACUGCAGCGAAGUCAAGGCGCUGGUCCCCAACAUUAAGGCUGCCAAGAAAGUUCUACGUCGCAAUGUAUAGUUAAUGUGUAAUCCUCACCAACAUCGAGCGGCCAAGCUACACUUUGCGUGAAGGUAAACAAACAAACUACAACAACAAAAAGAAAAAAAAUUGUACAUAAAUAACUAACGUAUGUCUGGAGAGUUGAUCUGGAAUAAAUGGAACAAAAUGCUGAUUACUUUUUUUUUGACACACAACUACGAAAAACAACAACAACGAACAAUAUCAUAACUAUAACAACAACAAAGAGCAAGUCGUGGAACUUGAUUUCAAGUCUCUGAACUCCUGGGCACGCGUUGUGCAUUGCUGGCCGAUGACAACGUUAAAUGCACAUGGCGAAUAUGACUUGGCUAAUCAUAACUACACACAGCAGUAGUCGUCGCAGCAGCAGCAGCAGCAGCAGAUGAAAUAUGGUAGCACACAGUGACGUCAUAGCUUGUAGCCCAGCAACAGCAGCAGCGAUCGUCAUCAAGCAGCAACAACAAGAACAAGAGCAAUAGCAGAAGAAGCCGGUUCACGCGAUGUUUGUUUGUUUUUAAGGGGUUUUGAUAUGCUAGAUUGUUUUUGCUUAAACCUAUUAAUUUGCCCAAGACGAAAUACAAUAUGCAAGCGUAUAGUUUAGCUAUAUGUAGUAUAAAUAUGUUUUUAAGUAUGAAUAAUUGACUGGCUGAUUGUGCCCCGUUGUGUAUACCUAGGCGUAUAUACAAUACGUUUACGUUAACGAUUACAAUUACGAUUAUAAUAUAUACAAUAGUUAAAUUAUGUUUGAACGCAUGAGUUGUGCUAGUUAGUACGAGCACUCACAGAAACAGAUACAGAUACAUUGAUACAUACAUACGCAGAGACGCAUUCAGAGAGAUACUACAAAUUGUAUUGUUAAGACGACAUUAGAUGGAUAAAUGUUUACAUAGUAUAUACAUAAAUAUACAUACAUACAUAAAUGUGAUUUAAGCGAUUUUAUCAAAGCUGCAUUAUGCAAUUCUAUAUAAAAUUCGUCUUAGUUUAUAAGUCCAACACCAACUAAACUAAAAACAACUAAUUAAACAUGCAAUAUUUGUUGUAAAUUGCCAAAAACAAAAACAAAAAUAUAAUGUUAAAAUACUAAGUGGAAAUAUGAGUGUAACAAGUGCCAUUAGGACUAGCUAGCAGCAGUGAGAGCGACUUAAGAUUAACAACGAGAACAAAAAUUAAAACAUAACAGCCAACAAAAUUCAAUAAUUAUAGCACUACCCAAAUAUUGUAUUAGAGUUUAAAACAUCUCUUCCCAAGACAAACACGCACAAAAUUCAAUUUCAAAUUAAUAACUACUAUAUAUGUAUACCUACUAGAUUGAAAAAUGUCAUUGAGCAAGCUCUUUAAUUCCAUUUAAAAUUAGUACAAACAUAAGACUAAAUAGUUCUCCAUGUUUAUGCUACACAAAAUUAAUUUGCCAUAAAUAACGCACAAAUAUAGAUACAUAGUAUGUGUAUAUACAAAUGAGUCAACUGUAAUACCCCAAAAUUGCAAUAGAUUGGGCAUGCAAGCUUAGAAAACUAGUAAUUGUAAGCAACUGCAAAGACACAAUUAAUUGAAAUCGUUUUUAAUUAUGUCAAAUUUGUUUAUUCUUUUUUGUUUACUAAAGUUUAUUAAGACUGCCGGAUUGACAAAAUGCAAAACUAGUCGCUGAAAGUAAAACAAUUGUAAUUUGAUAUUGUAAAUGCUGGCAGUGCUUAGAAUGAAGCAAACACAUAUGAUGGCAAAUUAAAUUGGCAAGUUCUGUGGGCCGUUGCUUAGCUUUGUUAUAAUUAAAUAGAACAACUGUAGUAGUGAGGGAAUUUUUAAUUGUUGUACACGCAUACACAGAGAGCAGGCACUAACUUGAAAUUCAUUAGCCAAGAACUGCUGCUGCAGAACGGUCAUAGUUAAAUAUUUUAAAGAUUCUUAUUUCAAUAACACUAGCAUUAUAUUAUGUUAAUGUCAGAGUUAGUUUGGCAUCACGUUUUGUAGGCUCUAGUAGAGCUCCUAUGUGUACAUAAGUAAGGCAUUUUUUGCAAACAAUUUUUAGAGCUUACAUUUUUAAACAAAUUAUACAUGUAUGUGUUUACUGGCUUAAUCGACCGAGAGGCAGUGUACGAUGGGGACAAGGCAACGAACGUCAAGUAUUUUGGAUAUUAAUUGUAGCAAAAGUAUUCUGAGCCACAGUUGUGGCAUAAACCACAAACAUACCCAAACAAACAUAAUCGCAAGCGCAUUUACAACAAGAAACUACAAAAGCUAAAUCUAGCAAACAACAAAUGCAAUGAUUACAAUUAAACGAAGUGAAACUUUAGUCUUUAAAAUAGUAGCAUAAAUUUUUUAUACGCAAUUUUUUAUUGCAAUUGUAAAAUUGAACUAUCAAAUACUAACAGUCAGCCAACAGUUGGAUAAAACCAUAAAAUUUUAAAUGCGCAAGGUUAUAAACGUAACAAAACAAUGAAAUCGGCGCUAUUUCUAUUACAUGUAGUUUAAUAUACAAAUUAU